CGCGCCGCAGCCAAUUGUGAAACCGAGUCUUGUUCCGUCCGUCACCGUUGCGGACACUCGUAUAAUAAUCGUAGUAUAUUGAAAUAUAUUUUAACUUUUUUUUUUUCGAUUUUUUUUUUUUCAUCGUUCAACGAGUAGUACUCAAAUCAUAUUUUCAUAAAAAAAAAAAAAACACUUCUCCUCUCCGGACCCGGACACCGCACGGACCACGCAGCACUUCGUUCUCGCCGAAAGUGGAUGUGCGCUCGCGUCAGUCAUGAGGGCCACCAUGUCAACGUCACUCAGGCUCCUGGCGAUCGCAUACUUGGUCUCGUUGGGGUCUUGUGAUUCGUUACUGUCACGUAUUAAGCGUCAGCAGGCGGCAACAAGUGAACCCAAGAAAGAGGAAAGUUUCGAGAUAGAAAUAUGCAAAGAUAAAGACGCAGGAGAAUGGUUUCGGUUGACGGCGCAAGACGGUGACAGCUGUCGUGACGUCAUUCAGUGCACAUCGUCGGGACUACAAGCCAUUCGUUGCCCGGCCGGUUUGUACUUCGACAUCGAAAAACAAACGUGUGACUGGAAGGCUGCGGUGAAAAACUGCAAGUUGAAGAAUAAAGAACGCAAAGUCAAGCCUUUAUUGUUCACAGACGAACCAUUGUGUCAGGAUGGAGAAUUAUCUUGCGGCGACAAGUCGUGUAUCGAACGAGGACUAUUUUGCAAUGGCGAAAAGAAUUGCCCGGACGGCUCGGACGAAAACUCUUGUGACAACGAUAACGAUCCCAACCGAGCGCCGCCCUGCGACCCGGCCGUGUGCGUGUUGCCCGACUGCUUCUGCUCCGAGGACGGUACCGGGAUACCCAACGACCUGCCGGCCAAAGAGGUGCCGCAGAUGAUCACGAUCACUUUCGACGACGCCAUCAACAACAACAACAUCGAGCUUUACAAGGAGAUAUUCAACGGCAAGCGCAGGAAUCCUAACGGGUGCGACAUCAAAGCCACGUUCUUCGUCUCGCACAAGUACACCAAUUACUCGGCGGUGCAGGAGACCCACAGGAAAGGUCACGAGAUCGCAGUGCACUCGAUAACGCACAACGACGACGAGCAGUUCUGGAGUAACGCCACCGUGGAGGACUGGGCCAAGGAGAUGGCCGGCAUGCGCAUCAUCACCGAAAAAUACGCGAACCUGACCGACAACAGCGUGGUCGGCCUGCGGUCGCCGUACCUGCGCGUAGGUGGCAACAACCAGUUCACCAUGAUGGAGGAACAGGCGUUCCUGUACGACUCCUCGAUCACGGCCCCGCUAUCUAACCCGCCACUCUGGCCAUACACCAUGUACUUCCGCAUGCCGCACAGGUGUCACGGGAACCUGCAGCACUGCCCGACCCGUAGCCACGCGGUGUGGGAGAUGGUGAUGAACGAGUUGGACCGGCGGGAGGACCCUAACUUCGACGAGUACCUGCCCGGGUGCGCAAUGGUGGACUCGUGCUCUAACAUCCUGUCCGGCGACCAGUUCUACAACUUCCUGAAUCACAACUUCGACCGGCACUACGACCAGAAUCGCGCGCCCAUGGGCCUGUACUUCCACGCGGCGUGGCUGAAGAACAACCCCGAGUACCUGGACGCGUUCCUGUUCUGGAUUGACGAGGUGCUGGCCAACCACAACGACGUAUACUUCGUCACCAUGACGCAGGUGAUCCAGUGGAUCCAGAAGCCGAGGAUUAUCAACGAGGUGAAGAACUUCGAGCCAUGGAGGGAGAAGUGCGUGGUCGAGGGACCGCCUGCCUGCUGGGUGCCGCACUCGUGCAAGCUGACUAGCAAGGAGGUGCCCGGGGAGACCAUCAACCUGCAAACGUGCGUCCGGUGCCCCAACAACUACCCGUGGCUCAACGACCCCACCGGAGACGGUUUCUUCUAAGCGGCGCGCACAUUGUUCCCCGAUCUCACUCCGCGCACCACCCAACUACACCUGCCGACCUAUCAAACACCACUAUACUCGCGACACUCUCGCACAACAACAACCCACUAUCGAUAUCGACACUUCUCUUUCUCCCCCCCCCCCCCCCCCCCCCCCC